UAAAGUACGAACCUGUGGCCGGCUAACUACUUAGAAGAUUAAUACUAAUAUUAUUACUUUAAAGGUUGUUCGAGGUUUUAGGCAUAAUUCGUCAUUAAAUUGCUUAUUGAGAAGAUGGUGCUGGCUAGCUUGACGGCUAACACUGUCUUAACACACCUUUGCAGGGCGGAGGGCUGAUAUUAAAAUUCGGAUUACGAAGGUGAGCUUUUGCAUUACGCGCAAAUGUCAAAAGCCCAGUUCAAGAAAAAGGAGUCCACUUCCAGCAAAAUAUCCGACGUGCAGGCAGAAGUAUGUUCUGUACCCAUCGCUUCAGCCGAGAGCCUGGACGACGUGUGGCCCGAGUGGACCGACGGCGACGUCUACAGGGAGAAAUGGGACUCUGGCAAAGUCCCAGACGAUCCCAAGAAUGUCAAGGCUCCCAGUUCAACUGUAAAAGAGAAGAUAGUUGAACCUCAGCGGAACAUAAAUCACGUUAUGAUAUUUAUUGCGUUUUACAAUUGUCUGUUACAGGUGUACUUUGAAGAUCCAGAGGGGAAAAUUUGCCUUCCGGCUUCAUUGAAAGUGCACUACUGGAAGCGCCCUACAGAGUUCCUUGUCAACAUGGUGCCCACAGUUGUUGAGAACACACUGAACUUUGACCUUGUGUCCUCCAACCAACAUCUGCUUUGCAGCGAGCUGAUGAGAUGGAUCAUCAGUGAGGUUUAUAUCGUUUGGAAAGUCUUCCACCACCCUGAAGCUUCAGACCAACACGGCUGGAAACCUUGGGAGCACAUCUACUCGCUGUGCAAGCCGGGGAAGGGCCACAUGCCGCUCUUCAACAGCUACGGGAAAUACCUGGUUCGACUCUUCUGGAUGGGUUGCUGGAGGAAGAUAACAGUGGACGAUUCCAUGCCCUUCGACCGAGACCACAAUCUGCUGCUGCCGGCGUCCAGCUGUCGGUCAGUGCUGUGGCCCAUGCUGUUGGCCAAGGCGCUCAUCAAAGUUAUUAACACGAGGCCACUCAGUGAAAAUGUCAACAGAAAUAAAAUGGCGCAGCUGUCCGACGAGAUUGGAGAGUUCAACUUCAUCCACCACCUUACCGGCUGGAUCCCGGAAAUCAGUCCGAUAAACUACAUGUGCCGGAGAAAAACCUGGAAUUUCUUGCAAGGCAGCAUCCCGGAAUUCCUGCACAAAUGCGCAAAAAUGCAGCAGCAGAAGAACUACCACCAAUCGAGGAGGAGUUCUGCCCUCGGGGAACACAGGAGCCAUCGGGACGUGGACAAAAACUCAGGUAAAUUGGUGGUGUGCGCCAGCUUCUAUCCCAAUCAGCUACACGAUGAUCCCUAUGUGUACACCAAAAUGGCUGAUUCUUCGGAGGCUUUGCGCUGCUACAACCUCUGCUUGCGCCACAGCCACGUGGUCCUGCUGACCCAGACCCGAACGUGCCCCUUGGAGUUACCGUAUGAAGCGCCGCCUGAGCCGCGAUGGAAACUGAUCCGCAAGAAAGGCAAGAAGCCUGUGAUCAGCGAUGAGCCACGGAUUAUUCCUUUGCCCGAACCGGAGGAGUUCAUCGGCAUCGCCAGCCCCUUCAUCGACCAGCGUGUCAGGAGCCCUCCUCGCCCCGCCAAAGAGUGGGUGGACAAGUGGAGCGUUCCGAGGAAGCAGCCCUACACGCCCCCUCUGGACCCCAUCGCCGAAGGCGCGGAGAACGAAGGCUGCGAGGCCCUCGAUACCGAUGCGGCUGAAAGCGACUUUAACUGUGAAACUGUCGUCGAGGAUGUGGAGGUUCCCGCAGAGGACAAGAAGAAGGACGACGAUGCCGUCUCCAUUGAUCCGCCCAGGAGUGUAAUUAAAGAACCCAUAGUCAAACCCAUACUGCCAGAGGCUUGGGUGGAAUUGGAAGACUUUCCUAAAUGUUUCUGUCGCUUGUUGGUGUUCCAUAACCCCGAAACGUACCCACACCAAGCUCAGAAGUCUCUUCUUAAGUGUUCGUACGCGCGAGGGACUUACUACUUGUGCGUGGACAGCCUGCAACCUUCCCUGAUCCUCAUCAGUUUCUCUGGUCUGCUUCGCUGGGGAGAAAUAGACAGUACCAAUGACAUGUCAGCAGUUCGCUGCCCCGCCCUUCUGCAGGCCGCCCCGUUCCACUGGAAGAGCAGACAGUGUCAGCCGCCCAUAGUCACCAUCGAGACCAACUGCUCCAAAGCCACCGUGCUGAACUUACCCACAGGGCGCCAUGUUUUGUCCUUCCACACGUACGCAGAGCUGGGCUACCAUGUGCACCUGUGCAGCAAAACGCAUUUCUCCUUUGGGGAGGAGGACGCCAUCUUGUCGCUUUGUACCAAGGAAAGUCUUCGUUUCAGUGAGAAGGCAAAAGCUAUCAUGCGGGCCCUGUCCAAACUGGUGGCUUCCUUUCAUGACCGACACGGCCAAAAGCCUCACAUAAGACUCAACCUGGAGGAAGCUUGCAGUCCCAAACAAACCCCGCUUGAAAAUUGGCAGGUCCAAAAGGUGUUCAACUUGGCCGUCUAUCACAUGCUGCGCGAUGCCCUGGGAAGGGAAAUGACCCCGCAGGAGCGCUUUGCUGUGCUGGCCCUCACUGCUGACCCUUCACUGCUGGCGAGGGCACGCAGACCGCGCCCGCCUGCAUUGCUUCAGGAGUCCAAGACUCCAGAAACAUGGGUUGACAGGCAGCCAACAGCGCAAGAGGUCAAGGCAGCAACUCUUCUCCAGGCUGCGUUCAAGGGACUCUUGGUGCGAGUGGUCCGCAAAUCCUCCAAAGCUGGCACCAAGGAGAGCAUCCGGACGUCAGCGCUGCUUUCCGAAAUGUGGUCCAAGGUGGAAUGUGACUUUGACAAACACGCGGCCUCCUUGCUCCGGUACAUGUUUGAGCUCUCCGACAGGGAAACCAUAAUCUACCCGUGUCAGCUGGAUGAAUGGACCAAAGUCGUCUUCACCGACUACUCCGUCAACCUCCCGGAGAAAGCCAACUCCUGGAUUUUGGUCUUUAGAGAGGUGUUCUUUUUCACUAAGGAGACAUUGCUGUUGCCAAAGGUCUAUAGUCCAGUCCCCUAUUCUCGGCUGCACGUCAUUAAUAACGACACCGGAGAAGAGCUGAACAAGCUCAUCACGAGAGUCCCGCCCCUCCUUUAUCAACCCAACGAGCUGGGCUACACUUUUUUCGCCGAAGUGUUCACGCCCGAAUCGCCACCCGCCAACCCCAAGUGGACGUUGCGCUUGACCGCCACGCGAGAGCCUCUCCCGAAAUUGUCCCACGCGCCUCCGCUCAACACAUUUGCCGUGCAGGAAUUCCAGGAUUAUUACAUUCCCAACACUAACAAUAUCAUAUGUGGCUAUACUGUGAAGGUGACCGUGCCUCUCCUCGGCACCGUUCACUUCCAGACGUCCAGCCGUCACGUCAAGAUCCGUCUGUCCAUCCUGGAGCACGAGACGGUAGUGGCCAGCGCCACCGGGCAAGGCCAAGUCGUCAUUCCCGUCGCCAACUUCCUGCCCAAUGAAGAGAAAGAAGAGGAGGAGGAAGAGAAGGAGGAGGAGCCAUUAGCUCCCGGUGGCGCACUAGAGGAGAACCGGCACACUCCCCCAGCCCAGGAGGACGAGAUCAAGGCGUUAGACGACAGCCAGGAAGAAGACGAGGAGGGAAGUACGUCGGGGAAAUCGGACUGCGAAGAAGACCACUCGCCGCCGUCCACCAAGACGCCGGAUCACAGGUAUUUGGUGAGGGCAGAGGUGCUGUAUCACAGCUGGGAUUUGGAUGAGUCUCAGCUGGCUUUCGCCCAUCUGCUCAGUUUCAAAGCAACCCAAGUGUUCUUUCCGGAGGAAUUGACAGAAGCCACCUCUGACAUGUCGGGAAGCGACGAGCAGAGCACGGACACGGCCAAAGUCAACCGAAAAGGUGACGAUGACAAGGGGACCGGCAGCUCCUCGUCGGUCUCGAGGGAAGAAAUGGGCCUUGACCUUACUAAGGCCAACUACACGCUGCGCGUUGCGGUCGACAAGAGCCAAGCUGAGAGCAUCGUGGUGAAGAAGGACGUGGAGCGAAUAGAGCAAAUCAAGGCUAUUAAAAGAGCCUGGGAGGCGGCUGAACCGGGCCGCGCUGCCAAGGCGUGGCAGUUACGUCUCAACUGGCUGAGCCAAUUUUACCUCCCCAAGGAUGGCGACGUUCCAGAUGAAGAGCCAGCCACCAUCGAGGCCGAGGAGGGCUGCAGUCCUAUACCUCCCAACGCUCCCAAUAUUCCAAUUGAACAACUGUUAAGCAUCGUUGUUCCUCCCUUGGACUACCAGCCGUUCAUCAGAAGGAGAACAGAUACCCCGAUCCUGUUGGACCCCGAGAUGGAGGAGUGCCAGCGGCAGGAACGCUUAGAAAGGAUCCAGGCCUACCAGGUGGAACGCGAUCUUCUGGUGGAGGAGCGUCAGCAGAGAGCCACCCUCAGGAGGGAACGAAUGCAAGGCCUCCUGAGGCAGUACGAGGACCAGCAGACGGCGAUGGUGCAGGAGCAACAGAAAUUCCACGACACGCGCACACCGCAAAAUCAGAAACCCAACGAAACUCGCAAAUGGCUUAACGACCGCAUAAAAAGGAGAGAGGAUAAACACACGGCGGAUGAAGCCUAAUCAGGCCGGGCCGUUGACGUCAAACAAAUUCGACCUGCAAACAAAGUCUCGCUUGGCCUUGUGCAAGUCUGUUUGUAACUCAGACACCACAACUCAGGGCUUUAUGUUGUCCCCGCUCACCUGCAAAUAUGUGAAUCCAUCGCUUGCCUAUCGACAAGUCAAGGAUGCAGGAAAAGAUCGAUAAGUGACUGGAGCAAGAUUCAAGCGAGGCAUCCGCAAUGUGCCAAAGUAAUACAACUUAUGGACCUCAACAUGACUACUAAAAAAAUAAAUGACUGAAUGAGUUUUGGACUGUCGUUGGAAACCGGUUUCCCAGAGACGCAGGUUCAAACACAGAACGUUUUCUGGCUGUGAAGUGGCAGUGCUCACCAAUGUGCAAUUCUUUUGGUUGGGGGGGGGGAAGAAGACACAUGUGCAACGUGUCUCCUGCAAAGCAGAACUGGCUUACGCAACUGCGGCGUCUACGCUCAAGUAAAUAUCGUUAGCUAAUUUGAAACAGCCUACAAACCGCUAGUUAGACUGAAUUGUAAUCCCUCUACGAUCGCUUUAUUGAGCAAACGGUAAAAUAUGCGCGUUCGCUUCAUACGUUUGCUGACUCUGACGUCACUCAACGGGCCAGGCCCCACCACACACAUUCAAAAUCAUACAUGUGUAAAGCUUUAUAAAUAUGUAUAAAGUAAAUGAUAUAUGUUCACUACUUUUUCUUUUUUUUUUUUUUUUUUGGGACUACUGUACUCGAGUCAAAUCAUGUAAUAUUGUUGAUUUUGUUUCUUCUUUUUUAAAAUUAUUUUUUUCCCCCACCGGUAGAUUCGUAGUGGUCCAUUUAGAACCCUGACUUGUUGCUCUCGUGGGAUUUUAGUCGAUUAUAUACAGAGUGAUUGGAGAGUAACUCUAUUUUAAGACGAGGUCAUCUGGGUUCAAAGGUUUGUGUCAAUCUCUACCUAUUGCAAAAAUGAUUUCUCCCUCUCUCGUAUCGACACAGAAUUUGUGUCCACGCAAAACCGAUCAAAAUACAAACUGAAUUUCAUUGUAUUGAGACCGCAAGGACCAAUUCAGCCUUGCAUUUUCUUCCGCCCCAGUAUACACAUGAUAAUAUUCAGCAAACUGUUUGCUCUCUUGAAGGUCGCUGUGUUGACUUGAUGCCCCAAAGGCAUGCUGGGUACACGUCCCUCUCCAGCUGCUGGUUGAGUAAUGUAUUUUGUGUGAAAAGAAGUCCCCAUUACACAAGACCAAACAUGGUAAACUUGAAAUAAAACCUGUA